AUGUCUGCCUUGAGCUCAAAAUUGUUUAUGAUUCUGAAUGAAAUCAAGAAAAAUGACGAUUUCCCCAGUUUCAGCCAUGCCACUCUCUGCAGAGUCCUGAAUAAGCUUGGGUUCGCAUUCACGACGCGCAAGAGGAGCUCUUUGUUGCUUGAGCGCAACGAUCUCGUGCUCUGGCGUGCCUCCUAUCUGAGGUCUAUCAAGGAGUACCGCCAAGAUAACACGCCCAUUUACUACUUAGAUGAGACGCGGGGAGCAAGGAGGGCUUUGUUGUUGGGGGCGACCGAGGUAUUCCGGGCCAAGAAAGGCAACAGUGACUACCACCAAGGAAUGGACGGGCAACGCUUUGAAGAGUGGUUUACCAAGCUGCUAGCAAACCUCAAGCCCAUGGGCGUUGUAGUUAUGGACAAUGCUUCGUAUCACUCCGUAAAACUACACUCCCUGCCAACCACCAGCACAAAGAAGCUCGGGAUUCACCAGUGGUUCAGCAACAACGGGGUUGCAUCGAACAUGUCCAUGCCGAACGUGGAGCUCUUGAACCUUGUCAGCAAAGCGAAGGCUGCAAGACCCGAGCUGGAAAAGUACGGCAUUGAUACGAUAGCAGAGCACCACGGCUACAGCGUCCUCCGUUUGCCUCCCUAUCACUGUGAACUUAAUCCAAUUGAGUUGGUAUGGAGCCAAGUGAAAGGAGAAGUUGCAAGCAAGAACCAAUCGUUCAAGAUUGCGGAGGUGGAGAAGCUGACUGCGACUGCCUUGCAAAGUGUGAGCUCUGAGAACUUGGAAAGCUAUGUUGAACACGCCAUUGAAGUUGAAGAACAGAUGUGGGAAGCAGAUAGCCUUGUUGGCACUGUCCUCGACAGUAUUGUAAUCGACAGAAAUGGGGACUCUGACACUGAUACAUGUGAUGAAGAUGAAGCGAUGGGUUGUGAACCACUUCAAUGGUAG